UGUGACUCUACACAACAAACAUUAGGCCAAAAGAAUUGGAGUUGAAAAAUCAGAGAGAGAGAUCAUGAGCCGUGGAAACCAGCGUUCUUGUAUCCUCGAGUUUGAUGGUGCAUCGAUUGGAAAUCCUGGACCAGCUGGUGCAGGAGCUAUUCUGUAUGCGGAAGAUGGGAGACCGCUCUAUCGAUUCCGUGAAGGACUGGGCUAUCAAACAAAUAACGUUGCUGAGUACCGCGCUUUGAUAUUGGGACUGAAACAAGCUAUCAAUAAAGGAUUUAAGAACAUCAGUGUGCAAGGAGACUCCAACCUUGUUAUCAAUCAGUUUCUGGGUUCAUGGAAAAUCAACAACCAGUAUUUAUGGAACUUGUGCAAUGAGGCUUUGCAGCUGAAGGAAAGCUUUCACUCAUUCAGCAUCCAACACAUUCCUAGGGAAUUUAACACUGGAGCUGAUGCUCAAGCAAACCGGGCUAUCAAUCUUCGAGAGGGUCAAGUUGAAGAAGAUGCGUAUUGUUGAUCAUAUGACAGUGCCGUUGUCAAAAACUAAUGGCAAACUAUGUUACAUUUCUGCCAAAAACAAUUUAGCAUAUUGGGUGUUUUGCAUAUGACAAUGCAUGUCAAAGGUCAAUUGUUGUUUACAAUUUUGUAAUUUGAACAUGCCAUGACUUUGUAAAUGUAAAUGCCCACCAUUUGCUUAGGAAGUUA